AUGCCAGCUAACGGUCGUAUUCCAACAACACCAUUGAAUCCGAAAUCAACAGCUAUUGUUGAAGUAAAUACACUUAGUGAAGAUGAUCAAGCUAUUAAUCCAGCUGAUCAUGAUGGUGUACCAUCGGAUUAUACAAUUCAAGUUACUGGUAAAAAUACAAUUUAUUCGAAUGAAUUUAUUGAAAGUAACUAUAUAUAUGAAAUGAAUCAUUGUGAAGUUGAUCAUCAAGCAAAAGAAGUUAAAAUUAUUCCACGAAAAUAUCAAUAUAAUUUUCGUACGAAACGUCAAGUACAACGUACAGGUGUUAUGCUUGUUGGCUGGGGUGGAAAUAAUGGUUCCACAGUUACUGGUGCUAUUAUUGCUAAUCGAGAUCAACUUACAUGGAUGCGUAAAGAGGGUGAACAAUAUCCAAAUUAUUAUGGUUCAUUAACUCAAUCAACAACAAUUCGUCUUGGAAGUAAUAAUGAAGGUAAAGAAGUUCAUAUACCAUUUAAUACAAUUUUACCAAUGUUACAUCCAAAUGAUAUUGUUAUUGGUGGAUGGGAUAUAAAUGAAGCAAAUUUGUGUGAAGCUAUGCAACGAGCAUGUGUAUUUGAUUAUGCAUUACAAGAAAAAUUAAAAGCAAAAAUGAGUAAAUUAAAACCAUUACCAUCAAUUUACUAUCCAGAUUUCAUUGCUGCCAAUCAAGAAGAUCGUGCAAAUAAUUUAAUUCCAAAAGGAACAAAACAACAAGAUUUAGAUCAUAUACGAAAUGAUAUUCGAAUAUUUAAAAGAACUCAUAAUUUAGAACAAGUUAUCGUUUUAUGGACAGCUAAUACUGAACGUUAUGUUGAUGUUCGUCCAGGUUUAAAUACAACAAGUAAAGAACUUCUUCGAUCGAUUGCUGAUAAUGAAGAUGAAAUAAGUCCAUCAAAUAUAUUUGCUUGUGCAGCUAUUUUAGAAAAUUGUCCAUAUAUCAAUGGUAGUCCACAAAAUACAUUAGUACCAGGCAUAAUUGAUCUUGCUGAAAAACAUCAUGUUUUUAUUGGUGGUGAUGAUUUUAAAAGUGGACAAACAAAAUUAAAAUCAGUUCUUGCUGAUUUUCUUGUAUCAGCUGGUUUAAAACUUCAAUCAAUCGUUUCAUAUAAUCAUUUAGGUAAUAAUGAUGGUAAAAAUUUAAGUGCACCACAACAAUUUCGUUCAAAAGAAAUAAGUAAAUCAAAUGUUGUUGAUGAUAUGGUUGGAGCUAAUCAUUUACUUUAUGAUAAAAAAAUUAAUGAACAUCCAGAUCAUGUUGUUGUUAUUAAAUAUGUACCAUUCGUUAAAGAUUCAAAACGAGCUAUGGAUGAAUACAUAUCAUCAAUAUUUAUGAAUGGUCUUAAUACAAUAGUUAUUCAUAAUACAUGUGAAGAUUCACUUUUAGCUUCACCAUUAAUUAUUGAUUUAGUUAUAUUAACUGAAUUAAUGACACGUAUUACAUAUAAAACCAAUGAUGAUGAAGGCUAUCAAACAUUUGAAGCUGUUUUAUCAAUACUUUCUUAUCUGCUUAAAGCUCCAAUGGUUCCACCAGGUACACCUGUUAUAAAUGCACUUUUUAAACAACAUCGAUGUAUAACAAAUAUUUUUUCGGCAUGUGCUGGUAUUGCUAUGGAUACGGAUAUGUUACUUGAACAUAAAACAAAAUUACCUAAACCAAUGAAAAUGCAAUUUUAA